CUUGUGAUCGCCGCAGGUACGUCAGCAGUUGCACCGCUCGCCUUGCCGGCUUCGCUGACAGUUCCUGACUCCACUCACAAGCGCAGUCCUGCAGCAGCGGCGAGUGGUGCGCGGGAAGAACGACUGCUGUGUGUGAACAAUAAUUGUACUUGGCGACGCCAAUUUCAUUCGACUUUGCCAUGGCGUUUAUGGACCAAAUAAACAGUGUUUCCAUGGAGAGUAAUGCAGUACAUGAUGAUCCUAUUGAUUUGUGUCUUGGGCACUAUAAUCCAGCAGGUGAUAACGAGAAGAUGGAUGCUUGCUUUUCAGCAUUUGACAAAAAUGGGGAUGGACUUAUUGAUAAAGGUGAAUUUGCAAGCAUAUGCAGAACACUUUUCCGAAAUGACAGAGGCUUUAUAUACAAUAUUGAGCAACCACAGAUUGAAGAAAUGCAUGCUGUCUUUGAUUUAAAUAAGGAUGGUUAUAUUGACAGAGAAGAGUUCAUAUUUUGCUGGGAUCGUUGGAUAAAGAAGAUUGUUCGGCCUGUGAGUGUGUUUUUGAUUGUUGAUGUCCAAAACGACUUUAUUUCGGGGUCUUUGAACAUUAGUCACUGCUCAGCCAAGCAGAAUGGAGCCGAGGUUAUCGAACCAAUAAAUAAGUUGCUGGAUACAGUCAAGUUUGAUGCUGUGUUUUAUUCCUUGGAUUGGCAUCCAAGUGAUCAUGUUUCUUUCAUUGAUAACUUGAGCCAGAGGAAAGUUCAUCCAUCAAGUCCUGUGUCAGCAGAGGAAGCACAAACAUAUGACACAGUUAUAUUUGAAGGCCCUCCACUUAUGAAGCAACGACUGUGGCCACGGCACUGUGUCCAAGAUUCGUGGGGUGCUGAAUUGCACAAAGAUUUGAAAAUUGUGGAAAAUGCUAUCAAAAUUUACAAAGGCACCAAUCCUGAAGUUGAUUCUUAUUCAGUGUUUUGGGAUAAUAAAAAACUAGCAGAUACAACAUUGUUCUCUGAAUUGAAACAGAGAAACGCGACUGACAUUUACAUAUGUGGUCUGGCCUAUGACGUUUGUGUAGGGGCAACAGCCGCUGAUUCAUUAGCUAUUGGAUACCGAACUAUUCUGAUUGAUGACUGUUGUCGUGGAGUUGAUCUGAGAGAUAUUGAGAAGACUAGAAACACAGUCACAUCAAACAAUGGUGUCAUUGUGAACUCUACUCAGGUUAAGAGCAUGGUAGAAGGAAGAGACAGACGACCAGAACUUGGAUACAAAUUGGCUAUGGAACUGAAAAGUGCCCUACAUAAUAAAACUGAUUCAGCAGACCUUUCGGAGAACGCCUGAUGCCUCAAAAAAUGAGCAUUAGUCUUUGUUGCUUUGUAUAUGCUCUAAAAUAUUUUUGAGAAGUGUAAACAUUUGUUUUUUUCCCCAUGAUUACCUCAGUUCCUUUAUAUAUAUUUGUCAAACUUAAAACUCAAGUUUCAUUUCCAGACUAUAUGACUGCACCCCUAAAUGGCGAUGUGACUUACUAAAAGCAUUAAAAUUUGUAGUUAGAUCAGACAUCUGAUUCUUGUGUUAGAAAGCUGCUGGUGAAUGAUUAUUUGAAACUGGAAUACUUCACAUUUCAUUCACAUUAAGAGCGUAAUGUAAAAUCUUUAUAUAUUGUACAUAUAGUCAACGAUAGAUUCUUGUAUGUUCAUUAACCAUCAGUCAGUCUCUUUCUUAAUUCCGCAUGGAGAAUUUACAGAGAGUGAAAUAUCAGAAUAUUUCAUGUUGUUCAGAUAUAAACAUUUUAGAGAGGACACAGUUCGAAUUACACACUUGUUCUUCAUGCUAAAUUACCAGCGAAAAACCAUCUCCUGAGAGAUUAUAAAAUGUCAGGUGUGGUACUGAGAAAUGGUGGCAUGUCUCUUAGUGCGGUUGUGUAGUGUGGCAUAAAAUGUGGCACUGCAAAAAUUAUCACCAAAUAACUAAUGUUCAUUCUACUUACUUUUAAAAUCAUUGAUGUAAUUUGUCUUAAUUGCAUGUUCUUAAGGAUUUCAGUUAGUGCCAUGUCUAUUCACAUAUGCUCUCUUGCUCUCUCUCUCUCUCUCUCUCUCUCUCUCUCUCACACACACACACCAGCGCGCGCGCGCACAUGCACACAUUUCUACUGUUAAAUGUGUGUUUUCUUAGACAUUGAACACAUUCCAGCUACAUUAGCCUUGAGUUGGGUACUUAAGUUAGCAUUUGUUUCUAAGCAGUUUAGUCCUUCACUUUUUAAUGGAAUUAUUGUAUCCUUAGGUUAAGAAGCAAGUGUACUUACAAUGCAUGCCUCUCAUCUAAAGAACAUAUAAAUAAUACACAUGAAUAAUUGGAAAGCUUCUAGUUGUAGCAACUGAAUACAAAACCCAAAAGAAAACAGAUAAAUUUUAUUUUAUGGAACACAAAAGUUGUUUUUGUUUGUAAGUAAUUACUGUAUGAGUUGCUAUUCAAGCAUUAGUGUCUGAGAUGGUUUUUGCCUGUUCUUUUAUAUCUUUGUAACAGUAAUGCAAUUGCGGAAAAUAA